GGAGUACGCGAUAAUUAUUGUAGGAAAUGGUAUAAAACUGUGAACGUUUUGUUGUUAAGAGUUGUACAUCCAAACAAGUCUUUUUAAAGCAUUGAAAAAUGGCGACAAAAAUGGUUUUAGCAUUGGUUACCUUAUCAGGCCUGGUACUGUGUGCUGUCGCUGCAAGAGGAGGAAACGGGAGGCAAGGAGGAGGCAGUAGCGGCCAAGAUGAGAACGAGAGGCAGAGGUGCCCCUCUCGCUGCCCUAAAAUCUCGAGACCUGUGUGUGGCAGUGACGGGGUGACCUACAACAACGUAUGUCUCCUACAGGCCGCCAACUGCGGCAGGUCAAGGAGGAACAGGGUCAAGGUGACCUUACCUGGACCUUGUCCGGCCCCCGCUGGUGGACUGGGUAAUGCAGCAAAUGAUGCACCAACUAACGCACCAACUAACACACCAACUAAUGCACCAACUAAUGCACCAACAAAUGCACCGACUAAUGCAGCUACUGAUGCACCAACUAACGCACCAACAGAUGCACCAACUAACGCACCAACCGAUGCACCAACUAACGCACCAACAGAUGCACCAACUAACGCACCAACCGACGCACCAACCGAUGCACCAACUGAUGCACCAACUAAUGCACCAACUGAUGCCCCAACUAACGCACCGACAGAUGCACCAACUAAUGCACCAACCAAUGCACCAACAGAUGCACAGACUACACCAUACGUCACAACUCCUUUUUAAUUAAAAAGAAAGAAAUGUAGAUCUAAUAGUCAAUACUGAAACAACACUUAUUUAUUUAAAUUUCUUCUGAAAUAAACGUAGGCAAAAUUUGAAA